AUGGCCGAUCUACCUGCUAAAUAUCAAAAGCUUGCUGGCGAAUACGCAAAGUUGAAAGCUCAAAUCCCAGUUCUGAAGAAGGCAUACUUAGAUGAACAAGGGGAGGUUAACCAGCUGAAAGACGUUUUAAAAGAGCGAGACCAGACGGUUAGAAAAUAUGAACAGGAAGUAGACAGUUUGACCUUUCGCAACCAGCAGCUGUCUAAGAGAGUAAUUUUAUUGCAAGAGGAAUUAGAGACAUCAGAAGCCAAUAGCAAGAAGAAAAACAAGCACAGAAGCUCAGAACCCAGUACUCCAGAGAGAGGGGGAACAUACAACGGAGGAGGCAAUGUCUUCAAUGAGGAACUACAAAACAAAAUUGAAGAGAAUGCACUGCUGCACAAACAGCUGCAGGAGUUGUCUGCUGAGUUUGAGGUGCACGUCCGCCAGCUUCAGGAACAGCUAAAAGAGUCUGAAGCCAUCAGAGAUAAGCAUGAAGAGGUUCUGAGUUCAGCCCAGCAUCGAGCCAAGGAGCAGAUAGAAAAGCUACAGGAGGAAAAGGCUAUGCUAGAGGUUAAGAUACAGUCAUUGGAAAAUGAUGUAAAAGAUUUCCGUGGGCGGUGUGACCUAGCGGAGGAGAAGUUGUUGACUGUAGAAAGAAAUCUUCAAAGCCGCCUGGACCUUGCCACAAAGAUUAUUCAAGAAAAAUUGCCAUUCAUUGACACAAAGGUGAGAGAACUGAAUGGGCUCAAUCUGCCAACACACGACCGUCGCCAUCAGCUACGAGCCAAGGACCUGAUAACUCAAGGUGCCAAUCUGGUUGAAGAACUGACUAAGGGUCUGUCGAACUUCUUCACUUACAGUGAGCAGAGGUCAAAGAUCUACCCAGCAGACGGGGUCACUGAACCUCUUAGUCAGCUCAAUGUCAAGUUUUGCAAAUACCUUCAUGAAAAUAUGCUGUACACACGGCCAGUUGAACAGGCACUUAGACAGUUUGUUAACAGUCUGCAAGAUGACUCUUUAACCAUUCUGGAAACAGCGACUGAAUUGCAGCCGUUCGCAAGGAAUUUCAAACGAUUGGUAGCAUAUAUGAACAAACUGUUGCCGUACUAUGUUGCCAGCCUAGAGGAAGAGAAUGCUGUCUCCUCGUGUACAGCAACUCUUGCAUCCAAGAACAAAGACUUGUUGCAUUCACUGAAAAGGCUCAAUGGUGUCUUUAACAAGAUUGAAAGUUAUACCUCUAUACUUGCAGCACAAAGUGUACCAGGUUUGGGCCAUCCUCGGUCGUCACAUCCAAAGUUUUUUACCGGGUUCUGUAAAUCUUUGAAUGAUCUUCAUGAUGCUGUGAAAGAUGUCUCCAAGCAUUACAAUUCCAAGGUGUCCCUGGAGCACCAACUACCAACAGCCACCAAGGAACUCAAAAGAACAGAUGAAUGUGUGGUUGCUUCCUUAAUUUCUUUGGUCACAAACACCGGCAAGAUAGCAGCAUUUAUGUCCGGAAACUUGGACUUCUUUUCACAACCAGCAGGGUAUAGGACCAGGGGAAGUAGUGUUUGUUCAAGUGCAGUUGUAGAUGGGCCGAGGUCGCACCCGGCGGUCAACACCUUCCGGCAAAGGGCAGCCUACUUUAUCACAGCUAUUAGCAAGGUAUUUGUAGUUUGUGUUUUCUCUGCUGAAAGUAAAGAGAGUCUGGCCAAACAGAUUUCAUUGUUCCAACAAAGACUGACCAAACUGGAGCAGGAGAAGGAACAUUAUCUGCUUGAGCUUCAGCUUUUGAAGAUAAAAUUUGAAAAUGAACAGGUGAAAACCAAGCAGCUGGAGAGAGACUUGGACAUAGCUCGAUCCAUCUCCAGCGGGUUUGUCAGUGCCGCUCCAUCAGUUUCUCUAGAAGAUCAUAUAGAAAAGUUAGCUCCAUCUUCCGACGCUAGCACAAGGUCUGACUCUGUUAACAGUGGCUCCUAUCUUGACAUGAGUAUGCUUGGCCGCAUAGAAACUGCCAACGUGACAAGAAAUGACAUAGAUACAAGAGAGCAGCUGAUCAUCAACCAUUACAGCACUAGAAUCAACGAGCUGACCCUUCAUCUACAGCAGGCGGACAGCAAGGCUGUUAACUUCAACGCAGAGGUUCGAGCCCUGCACAAACAACUGAAGAUAGCCGAGAAAUCGAAGGAGAUUGUGCAAGAUGAGUUGAAGCUGGCAAACCAGAGUUUGGCUCAUUUAAAGGACGAACUUCAGACAACAACUCGCAGUUAUGAGGGACAGCUGAGUAUGAUGAGUGAGCACUUAGCGGGAAUGAAUGAGAAGUUGGCCCAGCAGAAGGACGAGAUUGAUGAACUUAAGCAGCAGCUAACACUGAAAUCCUCCUCCACUUCAAAGACUGUCAAGAAAUUCAAGAAAUGA